CCCUUUUAAGUUUACAUUCCAAUUUAUUUAAAAAGGAAAAAAGUGCGUGCCCAAAAGAAAGUGAGCAACAAUGAAGUUGAUUUUAGUGCGCAAGUUCAGGGUGGUAAUCUUGAUGGUGUUUCUGAUUGCUUGCACAAUGCAUAUUAUGAUCGAUUUAUUACCAAAGCUGGAGAAGAGGGCAGGGAGAAGCGACGGAGAUGCAGGAUGUUCCUGUGCGCACAAUCUCAAUGAGGACUCGCAGGGAUGGGGGAAACAGAGACCCAAAAAUACGGCCGAAUCGGGUUGGCCUAAUAAGCACACGCUGAGGAUCUUACAAGAUUUCAGCAGUGACCCCAGCUCCAAUCUCACUUCGCACUCGCUGGAAAAAAUCACUGGAAUAAUGGACAAGAAUGAGUCCUUCAAGAAACUGGAGAACCGCGACACGGUCAAAGACAUGAACCACAAGCAGCUGAUCCAAGAUGGGAAUAUAAACAAACCCCAGCCUGGUGCUGGCCACUCAAGGUUGGCUGCUCUGUUUCAGCACCCUCUGUACAAAAUCGUUGUUCCUGAGCUCACCGAAGAUGAUGUCUUGUUUAACGUGAACAGUGACAUCAGAUUUAACCCCAAAGCUGCCGAGAACCAGGACUGGCAAAAUGUAGCAAAUGAAGGUAGCGAUGAGGAGGAGUUCUUGCCUACUGGAGAAGCGCAUGUAGAUUCCUAUCCCAACUGGUUAAAGUUUCACAUUGGAAUCAAUCGGUACGAGUUAUAUUCCAGGCAGAAUCCAGCCAUUGGAGCUUUACUGCAAGACCUCGGCAGCCAGAAGAUCACAAGUGUUGCAAUGAAAUCUGGAGGUACCCAGCUCAAGCUGAUCAUGACUUUCCAAAAUUAUGGGCAAGCCUUGUUCAAACCUAUGAAGCAAACAAGAGAACAAGAGACACCUCCUGACUUCUUCUACUUUUCAGACUACGAGCGCCAUAAUGCUGAGAUUGCUGCCUUCCACUUGGACAGGAUUCUUGAUUUCCGACGUGUUCCACCUGUCGCGGGUAGACUAGUCAACAUGACCAAAGAAAUAAGAGAUGUCACUCGGGACAAAAAGCUGUGGAGAACGUUCUUCAUUUCCCCAGCCAACAACAUUUGUUUCUAUGGAGAAUGUUCUUACUACUGCUCAACGGAACACGCUUUGUGCGGGAAGCCUGACCAGAUAGAAGGUUCCUUGGCAGCUUUUCUCCCAGACCUAUCUCUAGCAAAGAGGAAAACAUGGAGGAACCCAUGGAGGCGGUCAUACCACAAGCGCAAAAAAGCAGAAUGGGAAGUUGAUGCUGACUAUUGUGAAGAAGUGAAGCAGACUCCUCCAUACGACAGUGGUACAAGACUUCUAGAUGUCAUCGAUAUGACUAUAUUUGACUUUCUAAUGGGGAAUAUGGAUCGCCACCAUUAUGAGACCUUUGAGAAGUUUGGAAAUGAAACGUUUAUCAUUCACUUGGAUAAUGGAAGAGGAUUUGGAAAACACUCACACGAUGAGAUGUCUAUCCUUGAACCUCUGAAUCAAUGUUGCAGGAUCAAAAAGUCUACAUACCUCCGAAUGCAGCUCCUAGCAAAGGAGGAAUACAAGUUGAGUAAACUGAUGGAGGAGUCUUUACAAAUGGACAAAAUUGCCCCAAUCCUCUAUCAGCCACAUCUUGAAGCAAUGGACAGGAGGCUACGGAUUGUCCUUAAAGCUGUCAGUGACUGCAUAGAAAAAGACAACUAUAACAGCGUGGUUGAACAUGACUUGGACUCUGAUGUGAAUAACAAGACAACCAAGAGGUAGUGAUGGGAAAAGUCUCCAAGCCCAACCAAGAAGACACAGUCUUGCCGAAGACUGCAAAUGCUCCUUUGUGAAUUCAGUGAAUUCAGAUUUAAUCGUUUCCCACUGUAGAAAAGCUAUAGAAACCAAGAAGGAUUAGAUAAUGAAGAAGUCUGUAAAAUAAGUAGAUUAUAAAUGGAUGUGCGUAAGACGAUAUGGUCAAAGACCUACAGAAUCGGUUUUGGGUUCUAAACUUAUCUUGAUCUUUUUGUACAGAUAGGAGGCCUUUAUUUAAAAAUAAAGAUUUUUGUAUUUAUAUAUGGUAUAAUUAUAAAAUGAUGAUCUACCUACCACUUUUUUGGAAAACAUAGAAAAGGGACAGUAUAGUUUUGUUUACCUGUGAUGCUGACUUGACUAUACCACAAUGACGCCUUCAAGAUGACUUCAAUCUCUUAACUUGAGUAUACUGUAUCUUCUGUAAUUGGUAUUUCCAGGGGUUAAAAAUCCAAAGUCUUAAGUGUGGAGGGUUUUGUGCUGAAGUAAUGCUUAGCAAUUGUGGAAGCUUUACUUGAAUGUUACGUAUAGAGAUGAGCUACUCAACUUUAAAGCAAACGGGCAGGCCUUACA